AUGCCAGCCCAGCCACAAACGCUACGAAAACUUGCUGAUCUGCAAGGCCAUGCUGAGACGGUCUGGAACUUAGCUUGGAACCCUAAAAAGUCAUUGUUGGCUUCUUGCUCAACUGAUAAGGAUGUGCGCUUGUACUCGUACAAAAAGCUGUCUUCUGGUAUUUCUGGCGGGUCAGAAACAGUGUUCCGACUCGAAGAAGUCAUUCCUUCUGGACACAAACGAACAGUAAGAUGCGUUUCAUGGUCUCCAACUGGCGAUAUUCUGGCCACUAGCUCCUUUGAUAGCACGGUGGGACUUUGGGAACACAUUCCUGAUGAUAUUCGAUCAUCAAUGAGUGAUGGAAGCCCAGAUUGGGAAUGCUUUGGCACAUUGGAGGGACACGAGAGCGAAUGCAAGAGCGUCUCUUUCAGUUACAAUGGUAACUUUUUGGCAAGCUGCGGGCGUGAUAAAUCUGUAUGGAUUUGGGAAGUUCAUCCUGAUGCAGACUUUGAAUGUGCCGGCGUUCUUAUUGAGCACACACAGGACGUGAAAACCGUAAAGUGGCAUCCUAAAGAGGAGAUUUUAGCAUCUGCUUCCUAUGAUAAUACGAUCAAGCUAUAUAUUGACGAUCCUUAUUAUGACUGGGUAUGCUAUGACACAUUAGAAGCGCACGACUCCACUGUGUGGUCUUUAAGCUUUUCUCCAUGCGGUCGGUACCUCGCCUCGGCAUCAGAUGACCUCUCCAUUUGGAUAUGGUGUCGAUUAAAUGCAGAUGACUGUAAGAAGCGUGGCAUAAAGCCGCGGGAAAAGGCUUCCAAUCGAGAGGGGGAAGGUUGGUACCCAUCCUAUCGUAUUAAAGGUCAUUUUACAAGACCUAUUUACAGUGUGAGCUGGGCCGCCGGUGACGCAUCAGAUCCAGCACAAGCUUUGGGAAAAAUCGCAGCAGCUGGCUCUGACGGUAAAAUUCUUAUUUACUACGUGAGUAUGUCUGAACACGAUCCUUGUGAUAUAUCUGUUCAGAUCGGAGCACAAGUGGAGCAUGCUCAUGGUCAGGCAGAUAUUAAUUGUAUCGAAUGGGCGCCAGCGGAUAGAGACGGUGCUGCACCCUGUAUGCUUGCUAGCGCCGGUGAUGACGGCGAAGUUAGGAUUUGGACCUAG